GUUACUUCUUCUUUUAAGGAGCUUUUCGUCAAGGUUUAGAUAGAUUUAUCGCUACAAAAUUCUUUCCUGUUUAGAGCUUUUUAUCCACAGAAAACUGGGCUUCAGAGGUGGUCCAGUCGAAAUGUGUUCAGUCCAGCCCAGUUCGAAGUUCAGUUGGGAGUCCCAUCCAUUCCUUAUCUUCCAGAAAAAGUUAAUAUUGACAAUGGAUGACAGAGAUAUCGUGUAACACGACACUGAUUCAGCGCAUAUUACUCUCCGUAGUGAUUAUUGAUAUCGUUCACUGAAAUCGAAAGCAAAGCGAAUACUCUCUCGGGGCAGGAGGUCCGAAGGGUUGAAGUCAUUUUAUGGCCAGAGAUCUCUGCCAAAUGUACAUUCACAUUAACCUGUGCAAAUCGUGUGCGAACCUUAGAUAAGGAGUCAUACGGCGUGCAUACUUUAGUAGUUGAAGGAAAUGAAGGAAUCACGAGCGAAGUUCUUCAUGGUAGUCUUUCUAUCUUCCAUUGAUGUCGCUUUCCCAGAAUCUAUCCAGAUCAAUAGGAUUAUUUCGCAGCCUAAAGACCCCCUAGCUUGGACAGAUGUGUCUGACUGGUUUGUCGUUCCGUCGUCGGCAUGUUACCAAGAGAGAAUUGGAACUGGAAGUAACUACUGUAACGAAUCGUGCACAAAAGAUGACUCCAAAGACCAGUACUUGUGUCGCUGUUCCCAUAAAUUUGCCGCUGUCACGUAUGUAAAUAACACGUGGAUGUGUCUGGAGAAUAAGAUGGUGCGAAAUAAACUCGGUGAGUAUGAUAAAUAUGGGGUGUGAGAAUAGAUAUUUCGCAACCCGAUUGACAGCGGAAAUACAGGUAGCAGGCAAAUACACCUUUUAGUUACUUAUUCCUCGCGAUUUAACAUUUUACGGGACCGUCAUUGAAGUGAUGCUCUCAUUUUUACAAAAGGAAAGAAGAGUAUUAACGCGGAAAAGAACGAAAGUGUCGAUCGAAUUAACUCACACACAGGUAUUUUGUUGUAGAUUGUUUGUUGUGCGAAUGUCUGUAACCAAAAAUAAACUGUAUUGGUGCCACGGAUACCUGUUAGUACAAAAUGCUGACUGCAGACCGGAUACAAAAUGUAGACCAAGUACAAAAUGUUGACUGCAGACUGCAGAGUGGGUACAAAAUGCAGACUGAGAAUCUAAUGGGUUUUUUCGUCUGGUAUGUGAUAACAUGUAAUCUUACAAAUUACCGAGCGUCACGCGAUCGCUUUUCCGCGAUCAGCUUUCACGAUUAUUUGCACUAUUCUAAAUUAUUCCUGGCCCGUUUUUUGAUCAAACUAGACGCAUAUUUGCGUUCACCCGGGCUUUCUGUUUGAAAUAAACUUGUUUUUUGUGCUUGCAAUUGCCUACGUUUUUAUACAAUCCUUGGUUUAUUCUGGAACUUUUUUUUCUCUUGGUAUGCAAUCCCUGAAGAAUCAGGUGACAAUAUAACACCAAUGUCAGACCAAAAGAAAACACAAACAAGAAUGGCAUUGUCAGAUUUAAAACUGAUAAUAAUUGACGAAAUCUCUGUGGUAUCAAAUACUUUGCUACUGCACAUCCAUCAACAACUAAAAGAAAUAUUGUCAACAUCAAACAACUGCCUAUUUGCAGGACUUAGCAUUAUUACAGUAGGUGAUUUGUAUCAACUUCCACCAAUUUGAAGAAAAUUUGUCUUUGAAGAAUAUAAAAAUAAUGGUUACAAUUUGUGCCAUUCCUGGCUACUUUUCAAGGUGAUAUAGUUGACUAAAAAUAGGAGACAAAAGGAUGACCAACCAUUUACAGUUAAAAUAGAUUCAGAACUGCUUCACAAACAGAGGGUGAUAUUCAAUGCAUACAGUCAAGGCUAGUGCAUCCUGAAAAUACUGAUUACCCAGUAUCCAUUGUUUUGUAUUUUUGGGACAUUUUUUUCUCCUGUUUAUUUUUCAUAUCCCUAAAUUGUUUUUUCUCCAAUAAUAUUUUUUUUUCUGCUGGCUCAUUGCUUUAUGGCAUUGUUUUUUUUUCUAUGUUUAAUCAUCAAUUUUUUUCUUUCCUUUCUGUCAACUACUUUACAUGAACAUGUAGCAGACAGUAUUCUGUAUUACCUUGGGGUAUUAUAUUUCUCUAAUGUUUUUCUUAUGGCAUCAACAAGUGAAGCCAUUCCAUUUAUGUUUUUAGUGUAGUGAAUAGGGGACGUGUCUCUUUCAUUAUAAAGCAGGGGGGAAUACAUAUAUUUUGAUCUUUUUGUGGGUUCAAACGUACAACUGAUGCAGUACGAAGAAAAUGAUAUAAAAAACCCUAACUAACUUUUAUGUAUUAUUUCAUUCUCAUGAAUUGACUUGCUUUGAAGUAAAUCAUUUAACAGUUCUUUCACUCUCGAACAAAUCAUCCAAAUUUACUUCAGUUUCACAAACAUCUGCAGUUUUUGGAAGAUUAGCUGGUAAUUACUGGUUGUGUUCCAGACUUGAUUUAUGACACAUCUUUUUUCCUUUGUCAACAAUGGUGGGUAAGGAUUAGUUGUAAUUCCAAUAAUUACAUGAUUUCAUUAUAGAGUAGCAAAGAGAGUAUAGAGCUAUAGCAAAACAAAGAUUAAAGUUUAUGGUUUCAUUCAGACUGUUUUGAGAAACCAUCCUAUUUUGAAUAUUCUCAAUUUGUACUCCUCUCACUUCAAAUAUAUCAUUAUGUAUACUCUGAAAAUAAUGCACUAAACUCUCAAGAGACAGUACUUCGAGAAGAAUACAUGUACCUUGAGGCUGCCCUCUACCAUACAAAUCUCUAGCUUGAGAAUCAAAUAUUUUGAACCCCAUAUUACUAUUACAGUAAUACACCCUACUGUUAAUAUGAAAUUAGUGUAGCUUUUCAAAUAUGAGUGACUCAAAAGGCUCUUUGUAAAGAUAUACAGUACUGAUAUUCCUCUAUAGCAAUUUCUUGGUGAACAGUACCAGAGUAGCUUUCACUGUAAUCCAGUUGAUAAUCAGUAUCAAACACAUUUAAAGCUGUUGGUAAUUCUGACUGCAUCAUAUAUGCCUGUCUGACUAAUCAUGACAAACUUGAAUAAACCUGAUUUUCCAAUAUUCAUUACUUGUAUAAGAUCAUUUACAGAGCUGAUCCCUUGUGUGUCAUUGUAAAUCAAAGAACACAAACUCAUUGCAACACAUUGUUGUCCUGCAUUCUGUCCAAAAACAAACUCGUUACCUUGACUAUAGGAAGCUACUAUUGUUUUGUUAGGGUCAACAUAUGUUGGAGGGCCAGGAUUUUUUUCUGUCUCUACUUUAUUUAUAGUUGCAAUAAUUUGCUUCAUGAGCUUCAUUCUUGCAAGAACACAUAAGUUUGUUACAAGAAAACAAUUUUAAAUAUCGACUGACACGAUAUUUACCUUUCAUAUACACUGACGAAUUCUUUCACGACAGUUUAAUUUAAAUGUAUUUUUAUUUAAUCCUUUAACUCCCAUAAGUGACCGAGACAGAAUUUCUCCUUUAAUAUCAAUACAAUAUCAACCAAAUAAGUGAUGAGAAAAAAGAAAAAUAUCAAUUUGGGGAUAAUUAGUUGAUCCAAUACUAAAUUCUCUGACCUAACAUUAUAAGAACUGUAUGGUUGACAAUAAGGAGAAAGACAAAUUUGAUCUGGGAGUUAAAGGAUUAAUAGUUUUUUAGCAUCAACAUAACAGUAUAAUAUAGAUGACAGGGGGAUACAUGGGAGAAUACGUGCAUAGACAAAUUUUUCUAACCUUUCUGCUCUUGUUCCUUAACCUUUUCAAACUUCAUAUUGGUAUUCUACUUGGUUCACGAUUACGUCUACAUACAUGACGGGAUUUACGUCUAUGCUUCUCUCGAUUAACAUUAGAUAGCUCAAUUGAUAUAGCACGUUUCUCGAUGAAAGGUUCACUCAUAAAUGUUCGCUCAUAAAGAGAUAUCUCAUGAGGUUCACGGACCGACCCGUUCCGAAAACGCUCGACAUCUUUUAGUGUGGGUCUACCGCGAGCGAUGUGAGCAUAUUUUGUAUGAGUUUUGAGCGUCUUAUACACAGUGUCUGUGCUGAUUUUUCGCCGCGAAAGCUUCACUUCGUCUGCUAUUACACUAUCCUGUGUGCUCAUUAGUCAAAACGUCGCGCAUGCGUCGACUCAAAAGGUUGCGCAUACGUGACGAGGACUUAACUGCGAUUUGCGACCGAACGAAAAAAAAACGAAGCUGGAAUUCCAACCCCAAGUGAGAAGACAAUAUGAAGGCUUGAAAUUAUAUUAAGAUCGAUUUUGAUCAAGAAACGGGUUAGAAAUAUUCCAAAAGAAGAUGUAGAUAUAAUUGUAAAAGAGAUAUCACUGAAUAUUUAACGCCCAGAACAUUCGAUUAACAAUUAACGCUCUGUAACCUGGUCCGUAUUACCAUCUUUUUAAGCAUGUUUUAUUUUGUUGACAAAAAUGCCAGACCGAGACCAAAACUGUCCUUCGACUUUAUAUUUAUCAGUCUGCAUUUUGUAUAACUUGCCUCCGCAAAUCUUCAGUCUGAUAACAAAAUCAAAUAAACAACUAACGAUGGUAUCCGUCCAUGGCAAACACAAACAGUUUCCACAAGGUCACAGUUAUUCAUCGAAAACACACAAAAAUCGUCCAUAAAAUUUUAAUCUGACAUUCGGUUAAUUCGAUCGACCCUUACUACAUUAUGCAUUCAGUUCUCGUUGAUAAAACAAUGACAAAAACAAUUUGCCAUUUGGAAAAAUGUUUGUUUUACAUCAUUUACAAAAUUUUACCAGACAUUCAUCUAAUCCACCACCGAGAAAAAAAUCCAAAGAAUGUAAUCAACACAUAGCAUGCCUAUGUUUUUUUAGAGGCCCUCAAAUGCAAAUAAUUGCAAAAUGUGUCACUAUGAUAUUCUGAAACAAUAUUUGAUUCAAAAGUUUGCUCACGUCGUGAUUCAAUUCGUUAAGGGAAUAUAUAUAAUAGCUUGUAAUAUGCUGUCUAUAUACUGGCAAUUAAUCCAGUCAGUAAAUGGAUUACCCACGAAAUCAAAAUUACAAGGCGUAAAAUUUACAUUAUAUAUAUCACUGACUGGAAGAAAUUAUUUUAGUCGGAACUGACGCUCGGUAAGUUGUACAUAAUAACGACGAAGAAAUUAGCCGUUAGUUAUUGGCGUAAAGUUUAACCCAUCCAUUUCAAGUCAGAAUUUUAAGCAAAAAUCUAGGGACGUCUUUGAAUUUGACCCUGAACCCUGCAGUCUACAUUUUUUAUCCGGUCUGUUCUGCAUUUUGUACCAACAGGGGUAAUGUUUCUUUUUGGUUAUCCACAACACACAAUUGUUUCAAACAAAAUUUCGUUCCUUCCCAACGAAUUGCGUGGAGUUAAAGUAACUUUCUCCUGCUCUACCUCUAUGAACAGGAUGUGCCAACAACACCUUAUUUCAUUUUGAAAGAGAAUGGCAUGGAUUAUACACUCUAAGCACUCAGCUGAAAUGGGGAAGGAAAACAGCAUUGUCCAAGAACGAGGCCUCCUGUGUUUUAAACAUUAGUUCUUCCUGGGUCAUUGGAUGUCAUGGGGAAAAGAUUCCAGUUGAAAAACUUACUAAUAGAACAAAGGAUAUCUUUGUCCUUGGAUGGAGUAGCAAGAGUGGAGCAUACUACAUAAAGGUGAUUAAAGUUUUAAAGUCAACCUCUGAAAUCCCUUUGAGGUAUCAGACUAAAAAGAAAACUUGUAUGCUUCAGAUCCUAGUUGCAAUGUAACUUUAGUGUGUCACUCUCCAUUUAAAAAGUCGUCGAGUCAAUCGAUAAUUGUUAGCUUUAAGUGGGUAAUGUGACUGAUUAAUAGAACUGUCUAAUUUAAAUCAAACAUGCCUCUGUUGUAGUCUAUUACGACUCCAUACAAAUAGUGUGCGACUCUGUUUACUCUGUUCAUUGUACACGAUGAAAGGAGCAAUAUCAUAUUGCUGAUGAUGAUGAUUCUUGGAUUUGUAAUAAUUAUGAUCCAUGGAUAGCCCAGGAUUUCCUGAUUUUUUUUAUAGAUUAUUAUGGGAGUCCAAUCAGAUAAGUCGAUAUGAAUCACUCAAAGAGAAAAGUAUUCACAACCAAAUGAGUUCUCGUUUUCAUGAUCCUAAGCAAUUUCCUCUGUUACAUGAGAAAAAUAGAUUUUGUUUUGUUUUCUAACCAAUAGGUGGUUAACCCAAUCACCAUUUUGCUGGGAAGAAUAAUAAAUCUGGGAGUAAGUUGCUCGCAGCCUCCUUCUGACUUCAAAGAAGGCUGUCUACUCUUCAAACUGGAAGGAAACAUCACCUGUAAGCUUACGUUUGGAAGACUUUUACAGAAAUUGCAAAGUAAAACUUUCCUUACUGCGUCAAACCAUCUGCCUAUGUUGUUGGGUUACUUUGCAUAGAAUGUCUGUUUUUAUAACGGUUGAAGUUCAGCCGAUGAAACACUUUCAGACGGAUUGCUCAGAAAAAUUGUGCACUUUUCUCAAAGCUUUCACGCUGGUUAGCAUCUUACCAAGUGGAUGAUGUUAUUCAGCCUCCGUCCACCAGGCCCUUUGUACCAACUUUUUAUAAGUUAAAAUAUAUAUUCUUUCACUUUCUCAACUGGUUUGGAAUACAUCAAAGCCUAUCCUAAACAAUAGAUUUUGUUCGGUAUGAUGAGCGCCUUUACCGAAGUCAUCCCGUAAGGAAUGGGUCUGGCGAACAGAUGUAAAUGAACUUAUCUCCUAACCGAACUGGUUGAUUUUCAGGUCCCGUGGAGUACAUGGUGAAGUCAACACUUAGUCCUGCAACUUCAUCGUUACUGUAUUCAUCACCUUCUGCGGUACGAUUACCUUAGAUACACUUUAAAUAGGUACCAUAGCAAACUUUUUAUAUCAUCAGAACCCUGAUUUAGAAGUGGAAAGUGUGAGCGUGAUCUAAACGUAUUUAACUUCUCGUUGGGCGAUUACAGUAUUUAAAGUUACCAACACCAUUUAAGUUAUUCUGAGAAAACAUAGCGAGAACCUGUGAUUGAGUUUCCUGCCAUUAUCUUCAUAUGCAUAACCGUCCUCCCGUCUGAUCGAAAAGAUGUACUAAAUAUUUGAAGGAUUAAAUGACGAGGAUCACUAGAGAGCUUCACCUUUUUCCUAUGGCUAAAAAUACCUUUAUAUAGCAGAUUCUUAACACGAUAUUUAUCCAUUUUAAUUGUUUAUCUCGACAGAGCCCUACAGCGACGAGCACUGAGGAGACAAUUUACCUAACCCAGGUAUGAGCAUCUCAACAUACCCUUGCACACUAGAGCAAAUUUGUAAGUUGAUUAAGAUGCAACUGAGAUUGUCUUGUAAGUUGAGAAAAACAAGGAACGUGUACUCAUGCCUACAAGCAGGCUCGUCAAACUCAUAAAGUUUGAAUAUAUUGUACGGUUAGAGGGGAAUUUUCAUAACCGAAGGGUCAUAUAAUUGAAUAACGAUUUGCAUUUUAAGAUUUAGAGGCUUUAUAUUGGAGGGGCGUGUACUUGGAAUGUCACAGUGUACUGCUGACAAGAAAUUGUACCAAUGAGAGUAGCGUCGAACAGGACAUCUAUUUAGCAAAUUAACCAAAAACAAGUAACUUUUAAUUUGUGAUUAUGGUUUCUAGCAGACAACUUCAGAGACAGAAUCAGCCAGCAGCAAAGGGACUAAAGACACAAGGACAAAUGGUGCCGUGAUUGGCAUCGCUGUGGGGUGUGCAGUUGUGUGUGUUAUCUUUCUUAGCGUUCUGGUUUUAUUUUGCAAGCGAAGGAAAUCGUAAGCGUUAUAUAUAUGCUUUUUUUUUACCCUUGACUCAUCAUCUCUUUGAAUACAUGUAUGAGGAUGGUUUCAGAUGUGAUAGGGCCAUCCUGUGGUGCAAAAAAUAAGUAACAUUUGAGGAAAAUAGUUUUUAAAAGAAUAUGGGAAGCACUUAUCAAAUAGCUCAAAAAAGCUUGACAAAUAUGAGAAAUUUGACUGGCCAAUAUAAGUGCAUGUGAUAAUCAGAUUUAAUUGGUCAAAUAAAAAAUGAACUUCCUGAAAGUAUCUUCACAUCAUUUAGUUUAUUCACUCCCUAUAAUACAAUGAUUCUGACAUCUGUCUAAACUAUUAAUAAUCACGACUGUUUUUGAUCCAGUUUUGAGCAAGAUUUAUUGUGUGCAUUUUUUCGCUUAAGCAAAUUUGCUUCUAACUCAAAUUGUUUUUAAAUUGGUUCCAUGUUUACAAAAACAGAAGCAUUGGUUUUACCAUUAUACUACGUGUUCUUAGUAUAUUAUUUACUCGAAUUACUCACACAGAAAAAACAGACAGCAAGAAACAAAGCUAGCAGGUGAUUAAAAAAAUGUACCACUCCUUUCAUUAAGAGAUACGCACAUGAAAGAUUUAUUGGCCUGUAAACUUAAAUAGAAAAUUAAGUCCAUUAAGAAUUGCAAUCAGCGCUUAGGAUGAAAUGCCCGGCUGCCGACACCUAAAUUCACGGGCAGCAUAGGGGUAUGUGUAUUUUGAAAGAAGGAUUCAUAUUGAUUGGUUAGAAACAUAGUAGAUUGAAUGAGAUUACAACUUUUGCUGGAUACUGAAAGCAAAGCAAAUUGGGAAAAGGUAAAAGGAAUUGAAACAAGGCCAUGCAUGGGAUAAAUACCUCAGUUUCUUGAAAUGGAUCGGAGAGUUUGAGACUCUGAGAGAGUUGCAUCAUUAUGGGUCUCAAAUGCGCAAUUAAGGUAUUUUUUGCAGCUCAAACAUUUAGACUGGCAUACAAUGAUUGUUGUGCACUAAACAAAAGCAUUAAGUUGACGAUAAUUGUCUCUGAAACACUAUGGUAACUUUUUUGGAAAGAAUAAUGCGAGUCUAAAAUCCAUAAAGAUUAUUCCAUAGAAUCAUAUAUCAUAGAGAUAGCUUUUGACAAAAUUAUAUUUUUUGUAUUAGUUUAUAAAUAUGGUGUUUGAUCUUAGUUGCUGGAAACCCAGUGGGUGAAAUUCACGAUCAAAUUCCAAUUGGAAGACUAGUGGAGCACGUCUCAACCUCCGCUGAACAAGACAGUCAAUCGACAUACCAAGGACUUAUUAACAUUUGUGGUAAGUCAACAAAGAAGAACUGAGAUCGUUUUUGGGUGGUCUCUAUCAAAAAAAUAUUGUGAUCACGAUGUUACGACAAAACACACCUGGAAUCGAGGAAAUUCACAGGUAUGACAUGAUGGCUUCAUUAUGUACAGGAUUAAAACCAGCUGAAAAACUUUAAAAGAAAGAGUCACUGGAUCAAUUUUUGAUUGGUAUACUUAAUCAAUCAAGGUCAUUUCCGAUCGAAAACUUAAACAAUAUUUUGUAUUUUUUCCAUAUCCACAGCUUGUCACAGUACUGCUGACGAUAACUCUGGUAACUGUCAUCUUUACCAAAGUUUGAACAAGAACACACCUGUUACAGCUACACCAGAUUACCAGAAUGUGCAAACACUAUUUGCGGCAUCAGAUUACCAAAAUGUGCAGACCUUGGAAGGUGGUUUAGCAGGUGCAUCAGUGCACAUCCUUGGGUCUCAAACAGAGUCUGCCUAUGAGCCUCUCAAGGGGUCUGAAAGGCAAAAUUUGUACGAGCCCCUCAAUGAAAGAAGCAACUGAAUUGCAACGGGUCUUGAGGUGAAGAAAAAGAAGCUAUAUUUGGUUAAAAGUCGAUUUAAAUCAGUUGUGUUAGAUUUUUGAUAAAACACAAUGCGUCGAAUAUGGAUAGUGAAAAACCGUUAAAAGUUUAUUUGAUAUGAUUUUUAUUACAUUUUUAUCGUAACAGAAGUUAAAUAAUUUUUAUGUAGAAUAUAGUUUAAAACGUGUGCUGUCGUGCGUAAUUAAAAAAAUUUGAUGAGUGAUACUGAUUAUUACACCGUAUAUAUAGCACAUAACAAUCUUUCUAGACCUUCCCUAUAGCUUGCAUUGCUCAAGGCCUCGUACCACAGCGCUCAAGGUGAGAGCUAAGAUUACUGGCCAUACUUCCUGAUACCCUCGAUGUGGUUUAGUCAGAGAUGCACUCGAAAUAUGAACUGUAAAUUCUAGUCGAACUAAAUGGUGCUUAAAGUUGAAGCUCUUUAAUCAAUAUUCAUGGAAAAUUCUCCGUUUUUAAAAGAUAUCUAUUAACUUGAAAAAUUUUAAAAAUGUUGUUUAGGUUUGUGCACAACUUGAUUUCCGUUACAACUUGCGCAGAUCGAUGACAAACCUUACAGACUCGUCACGGUUAAAAUACUUGAAAAUAAGCUCAAGGAGAAGAAGGGGUUCGGGGGUGUAUUCUGGCUGCAUCAACUUGAAGCCAACAAUUUCUCUUAUGUCAAAGAAAACAAUGUAUAAAAACAGUGUAUCUGUCAGCCAGGCCGUCCCUUUAUAAGCUGGUCUCACAACUCCAGUUGCAGGCACCGUUGCAGACAUCAGUUGCAACACCAGAUUACCAAAAUGUGCAGACACCAGUUACAACACCAAGUUACCAAAAUGUGCAGACACCAGUUACAACACCAAGUUACCAAAAUGUGCAAACCCUGGAAGGUGGUUAACCAUAUGCGUCAGUGCACACCUUAGGGUCUCAAACAGAAUUUGCCUCCGAGCCCCUCGAGGGGUCUGAAAGACAAAAUUUGUCGAGCCCCUUAACGAAAGAAGCAACUAAAUUGCCAUGGUUCUUGAGAUGAAGAAAAAGAAGCUAUAUUUGGUUAAAAGUUGAUUUGAAUCAACUGGGUUAGAUUUUUGAUAAAAGACGAUGUAUCGAAAAGGGAUUGUAGAAAACUGUUGAAAGUUUAUUUGAUAUGAUUUUUACGACAUUUUUAUCGUAACAGAGGUUAAAUUUUAUGUAGAAAUAGUUUAAACAUGUAAUGUCGUGAGGAAUUUUUAAAGAAACAAUCUUUUAUUGAAACAUUUUACUGAUGAGAGGAACUGACCAUGAGAAAAAAAGUGAUUUUUCCAUUUAUAGAAGUUCUUAUCUCUGAUAAAUCGUUAUCAGCUCUAUUAAAGUAAUUAACUUUUGUAAAAUACCGUAUAUAUAGCGAGUAAUAAUAAUUUUCUUAACCUCCCUCCAGCUUGCAUUUCUCAAUGCCUUCUACCAUAGCGCUAAAGGCGAGUGCCUGGAUCGCUGUCUAUGCCUCUUAAUAUCCACGAUAUUUUUCAGAGAUGAACUCUAAAAAUGAACUGUAAAUUCUAUUGGAACUAAACGGUAGUUAAAGUUGAAGCAGCUUUAAUCAUUAUUCAUUGAAAAUUUUUCGUUUUUAAAAGAUAUCUACUAACUUAAGUUUGUGCACAACUUCAUUUCCGUUACAACUUAACAGAUAGAUAACAAUCCUUACAGACUCGUCACAGUUAAAAUACUUGAAAAUAAGCUCAAGGAAAAGAAGGGGUUCGGGGGAAUAUUCUGGCUGCAUUAACCGGAAGCCAAAAAUUUCAUUUAUGCCAAAGAAAAAAAUGUUUAAAAACAGAGGUUGUAAAGUACGGGUUCAUGACGAUCGCUUAUAACACCAGUUGUGCUUAAUUAAUAAAGCCCUGGCCCUUAAGUGGUCGACGAUGUUUCUUAAGAUAAAGGUGAGUUUUAUCCAAAAAUUGUGAGGUCAAGGUAAGGUAAGCACCCUGAGUACUAAGCUCAGCCCAAAUUGGCAGAGUGGAUCUUUGGACAUUCAGCUUGGACAUUCAAAACCUGACACCUUCAUUUUCACAAUUAUUUUUGAAAGUUUCUUCGGGUCGGAGGUUACUUCUCCUUUCAAGGAGCUUUUCGUCAAGGUUUAGAUAGAUUUAUCGUUACAAAAUUCUUUCCUGUUUAGAGCUUUUUAUCCUCAGAAAACUGGGCUUCAGAGGUGGUCCAGUCGAAAUUUGUUCAGUCCAGCCCAGUUCGAAGUUCAGUUGGGAGUCCCAUCCAUUCCUUAUCUUCCAGAAAAAGUUAAUAUUUACAAUGGAUGACAGAGAUAUCGUGUAACGCGACACUGAUUCAGCGCAGAUUACUCUCCGUAGUGAUUAUUCAUAUCGUUCACUGAAAUCGAAAGCAAAGCGAAUACUCUCUCGGGGCAGGAGGUCCGAAGGGUUGAAGUCAUCUUAUGGCCAGAGAUCUCUGCCAAAUGUACAUUCACAUUAACCUGUGCAAAUCAUGUGCGAACCCUAGAUAAGGAGUCAUACGGCGUGCAUGCUUUGGUAGUUGAAGGAAAUGAAGGAAUCACGAGCGAAGUUCUUCAUGGUAGUCUUUCUAUCUUCCAUUGAUGUCACUUUCCUAGAAUCUAUCCAGAUCAAUAGGAUUAUUUCGCGGCCUAAAGACCUACAAACUUGGAAAAAUGAGUCUGACUCGUUUGUCGUUCCGUUGUCGGCAUGUUAUCAAGAGAGAAUUGGAACUGGAAGUAACUACUGCAACGAAACGUGUACAAAAGAUGACUCCAAAGACCAGUACUUGUGUCGCUGUUCCAAAAAAAAUGCUACAGUAACUUAUGUAAAUAACACGUGGAUGUGUCUGAAGAAUAAGAUAGUGCGAAAUAAACUCGGUGAGUAUGAUAAAUAUUGGGUGUGAGAAUAGAUAUUUCGCAACCCGAUUGACAGCGGAAAUACAGGUAGCGGGCAAAUACACCUUUUAGUUACUUUACUUUAGUUAAAUUUUUACGAGACCGUCAUUGAAGUGAUGCUCUAGAUUCCAGUUUUCGUUGUAAGAAACUUUUCGGAUUGAGCAUUAUCUUUUUCAGAGGCUUCAAGUACUUAGAAAUGUUUAAAAAUAAGUUCACGUGCCAGACAACGGAAGUUGAAUCAUUGAUACAAUUUUUAGCUCCGUAUCUAGCAAUAACAACGUAAAAGAGAUUACCCACGAUACCAACGUUGGCAAAGGCGUCGUUCGAUGGAACUGAUUUCCACAUUGUAACAAUCGAGUUGCAAUUAUAAGCUAGUGAAGUUUUUAUUAUUAAUUUCGAGUAAAAACAAACAAAACGAAGGUAAUCUGUCACGGAUGACGACUCAUGUAGCUGUCAGCUAAGCCGUAGCUGUAUAAGCGGUUCACGCAACUCUCCGUCCGCCAAUCUUACAUUCUGUUUCCUUUUUUCGAGCAAUUGUAUUUUCUUUUUAAGUUAAAGAUAAAGCGAACACAACUACAUCGAGCAGCCUUGGAAACUGAGAAUAUUUCCUUAAGGAUUGAAAACAGAUCGUCAACCUCGCUUGAAACUGAAAAGGAUGUGACCUAGACCCCUAAGAAUUCUUUCUUUAAGAGAAGCUUGGAUUUAUCUUUAAGUACUGAAUUUUAAUGAAGUUUACGUCACGGUUUGUUUCAUCGUUUUACAGACUAGAAAACCUCCCAUGAAUACUCAUGAAAGACAAAGAAUAGUGGUUUGCCAGGGUAUUAAAACAGAAAAGAAAUAACACCGCACUGAAAGGAAAAACGAAGGAAAUAUAGGAUUAAGAAUGACGAACUUAACCAAAUCGGGUUAAGUUUGAGAUGCCCAAGCCGUUAUGAAUAGCUCUUUUAACCUUUUCACUCUCAAUAUUUGAAUUAAUUUAAAUUCUUCAUAUUGUAUGCCAAAUAUCUCUCAUUAUAAUCAUUUAUUAUCCUUACUGAUAUUUAUCAUUUUUUCAUGACUUUAUCUCUUUUCCCGUCCCUCGUACCGUUGAUAUAUGGGUUUGUAGUUUUGUAGUUGAGCGUUGUUGAUUUGUUUUCUGUUUAGCUAUCCCUUGCACUUAAACGGAACACAUUCCAUUCCCAACGAAUUGCAUAAACGUGGAGUUAACGUAAAUUUCUCCCGCUUUACUUCUAUGAAUAGGAUGUACGAACAACACCUUGUUUCAUUACGAGAGAGAGUGGCAUGAAUUAUACACUCUAGGUACUCAGCCGAGCUGGGGAAGGAAAACAGCAUUAUACAAGAAGAAUGCCUCCUGUGUUUUAAACACUAGUUCUUCCUGGGUCAUUGGUUGUCGUGGGGAAAAGACUCCAGUUGACAAACUUACUAAUAGAACAAAGGAAAUCUUUUUCUUAGGAUGGAGUAACAAGAGUGGAGCAUACUAUAUAAAGGUGAGUAAAGUUUUAAAGUCAACCUCUGAAAGCCCUUUGAGGUAUCAGGCUAUUUUUUUUCUUUUUAAUUUUUCUUCUUAAAGAUUGACACUUCUGAUCCCGACAAAGUUUCCAUUUAAGAAAGAGUUGAUUCUUGUUCUUUUUCUUGAAAUCAUUUAAGUCGAGGGUGUUCACAAGUGGUCUAUUAACGUGCACAUGACCCUUUCCCGACGAUUUGCCGAAGGGAAAGCGCUGAUGACGCAACUUUUAAAAAAAAAACGAUUAUUGCUCCCAGAUCCCGGGUGCAGUGUUACUUAAGUGUAACACACUCCUUUUAAAAAUUCGCAAAGUCACUCGGUAAUUUUAGCUUUAGCUGGUAAUAUGACUCAUUAACACAACUGUAUAAUUUGAAUCAAACAUGCCACUGUUUGUAGUCUAUUGAGUCUCCAUACAAAUAUCCACAUCGACUCUGUUUGCUUGGGUUAUUGCUCAUGAAAAGAAGGAUUGACUGGAUUCUUAGAUUUGUAACAACCAUGAACCGUGAAUAGCUCAGGAUUUCCCGAUUUAUGUUAUAGAUUAUUAUGGGAGGCUAAUCAGAUUUUUCGAUAUUGACCACUUAAAGACCGAAGUAUUCAAUACCAGAUGGGUUCUUGUCUUCAUAAGCCUAAGCAAUUUCCUCUGUUACAUAUAAUAUAGAUUUUGCAUUGUUUUCUAACCAACAGGUAGUUGACCCAAUCGCCAUUUUGCAGGGAAAAAUAAUAAAUCUGGGAGUAAGCUGCUUCCAGCCUCCUUUUGAAGGCUGUCUACUCUUCAAGCUGGAAGGAAAUAUCACCUGUAAGCUCAUGUUUGGUAGAGUUUUUAUGGACAUUGUAAAGGAACCUUUUUCCUAACUGUGCUAACUUGAUUGGCUCAAUUUGCUCAGGAAUUCCUUUUUUUAUAACGGUUGCAGUUCACGAAAUAAAAAAACUUUCGGACGGACUGCUCGGUACAAUUGUUAGUUUUCUUCAACGCUUUCACACUGGCUAGCGACUUACCCGGUGGAUGAUUUUAUUCAGCUUCCGUUGAGCCAAGCCCUUUGUAUCAACUUUUUAGAAGUUAAAAUUCUUUCAUUUUCUCAAUUGGUUUGGGAUGCAUCAAAGGCUUUGCCAUACAUUCUCUUCUUUACAAUGAACUGGUUAGCAGCAGUCGUCCAAAUGGGUCUGGCGAACAGACGUAAAUGAACAUAAUUCUUUAUCAAUCUUGUUGAUUUUCAGGUCCCUUAGAAUACUCAAUGGGGUCAACACUUAGUCCUGCAACUUCAUCUUUGGUACAUACACUUCCAUCUACGGUACGAUUACCUUAGAUAGGUACCAUAUUAAACCUUUUACACCAUUAGAUCCUAGAUUUUAAAAGCGAUUCAACUGUCCGUCUGAUCUAAACGCAGCGAGCAUCGCGCUGGGCUGUUGGAUCUCACCCUAGUUUACAGUAUUUGAGGUCACCAACACAUUGAAAGUUAAUCUGAGAAGACAUUAUGAUAAAAUUAUCUUCUUUUGCGCGAUCGUCUUCCGGUUGCUCUAUCACAGUUCAAAUGCUCCCUCCUUAGUAAGAGCAAUGUCAGACCAAGUUGCAAGCGAAACAUGAAUAAAGGGGGUAAUUUUCUAAAGAAACUGUGGUGCUGCGUCGGUGGAAGAGUAUGGCGGGGUAAUUAAGUAUUAUCAACUGAGUUAAUAACGUAAAUUGGCCACCGUAAAGAGUUUCGAAGCUGACUUUUCGAGCGUUAGCCCUUCCCUAUUUGCUCUGAUGAUGGGCUAAUGGUUGAAACAUCAGCUACGGUGGUCAAUUUACGUAAUCAACUCAGUUGGUAAUACUAAAUUACCAAGUUGAAAGCAGAAUAGAAAGUAUGAUCGAAAUGGUGUUCCAAACAAUUUGGAAGGAUUAAAUGACAAGGAUCAGAAUAGAAAAUAUUUCGAUCGAAACGCCCAUGGUGUUUUACCAAACAAUUUGGAAUAUCUCAUCAUACAAACUUGAAGAUUUUAAAUGACAAGGAUCAGUGUUUGAAAAUUGAAUUAAAUCUGUCAGAAUAUCUUCGUGACCUUUGGAAUAAUGAAAGGAAAAUGUUUUGGUUUCCAGCAUUUCGCUCCUCGUGUUUUUCCCUCUUGCUGGCCGCUUCAUGAUCCUUUCCAAUCAUUUUCUCGCAGAGAUCCACUCGAGCUAACUCAGGCAAAAAAGGCAAAAGCGACGAUGUUGACUCUUCUUCCAUAAUUAUUGGCAUCGUUUCCGGGGUGAUUGUUGCCGUCAUAAUUUUAUUAUUACUGAUUGCUACUUUAUUCAUUCAUCGACGUCGCAAAUCCAGGUAAUGAUUGCCAAGUUAUAAUUUUUCUACCUCUCAGGUUAUGUGUAAUCGUUUAUAAUGUUUGUACUUAAGGUUGACUAAACAAACUGGAUUAAUUCAAAGCAUCCCUGACGACUUGUGCACGUCCACAUUUUAUGACAGGAGAUACCUUAGUUGGGUGGUUGUAUUCCUAAAAGUAAGAAGUAUCGUUUUGAUGGCGUGCUAUACCCCCUUUUUUAUCCUUUAACCGGCGCGAUAGAAUGAUGCCAAGACAACACCCGACUCGUGUGAUGUUUCUGCUACCGAAAUGUUUCAAUCUAUUGACCUCUAAUAUCCAAACAGCUUAGUCCACUCACUCAAUCAUUUUUGUGCAUUCCUAAGCAUCUGGUGUUAUACUAUGACACUGAUCAACCCAAUGAUUUUAAAUUUCCACUACCUUUCAGUUCGGCAGUUUGUAAAUAAUUUUGACGCGAACUUGUUUACUGAUUACUCUUAUGAAUCAAAGAGUCAAACUCUGACGUAUAAAAAAAGAGCUCAAGAUACGUUGAUGAUCACUUGACAUUAUGACAUCCCGACUGAUUCUAAGCCAUUUGUUUAAACCCCUGGAAUGUUUGUCGUCCAAAAUCUAUUGAAAACUGUUAAGUGAUUCACCUCGUCUAUUAGUAAACCCUGUAUUUUUUUAUCAUUCUUUUCCGUUCGCUAAGACUUGCGAUGUAGAUUUACAAACUACCUCUUCCUAUCAAAUCGUUAAAUCUGUGAUUGAUGUAAAUAAUAUGUACUGUAUUUUGUUCACAGAAACGGUGCUAGCGUGAUUACCAAUGGCCAAGCAAGCAAUGAGGUGGAAAAGUCUUUGUUUGGUUACGAAUGACACUCUCAAUAACGAAGAAAUUAUGUGUGUUACAUCCCUUAAUGAGAGAAACUUAGGCUAAAAGACCGAAUUCCCCAUGGAGACCUUAUCGUUCCUAAAAAGUACAGAAGAGCGAUUUUGAAAGCUGGAGGCAUCCUAUAAUUAUUUGUUUUUUUCUUUUUGAUCAGUUAUUACAACGUUGCUGGAAUGCUUUGAAAGCUUGUGCACAUGCAGGUCUGAAAAAAAAAAAAACCAAACGAUUACCCUGAACACUGAAAUAUGUUGUUUCAGGAUUAUUUCCCUUGAUUAACUAUUCUCUAGGGUCUAGUUGUACUGCCUUUUUUAUAUUACAAGGAAGUUCAGUUCAAUCCUCCAGCAUGGAGGUAAUCAUUCAACGACUCGGUUUCCAAGGUUAUAUCAUUUAUCUUUAUUCGUGGAAUACUGUAUGGCUCGAGUCUAGAAAUUACCAGUGCAACAUAAUUUUUGGAAUAAGUCCUAAAUGGAGGUAUUUCCUAGCUUGCUGCUCUCUUCACCAAACGAAUAUUUACGGGCUUCCGUUUACUGAUUCGAGCCAAACAGUAACACAUGCUCACUUUAUUUUGCCAGGAAACCACCUCGUGCAACUCAAAGACAAACCAAGCGUUUCAGAUGGACGAAAGAAGUCGUUACGUUUCGAACGGUUAGACAUUAAUCCUUUUUUUCUUUGAGGUAGCUGUUGUGAUUUGCUGUAGGCCUAAGUAACCCUACUGAUUAAGUAAAUUAGCAGCUUUUGCGAUUGUGACAAGCUAUUGUUUCAAGGAUUGUCCAACCUAGUAGUUGGAACCAACCCUCAGCUCCAAAUCAUAACGUAGUGUUUGCAAAUUUUCCUCGUUAGAUUCCACUGUUAUCGAUGAUAAAAAGACGGAUGCCCUACCGCCAGGAAAUUCUGGAACUUUGACAUCAGACAACCCUUUGUACUUCGCCGUGGAAGACGUAACAGAAAUACAAAAACCUGUUGGCGAUGCUCCAAAUCAAUCGGAACCAGUGUACAACGAAGUGGAUGAAAAUGAUGCAAUAGACGUAGACAGGGCUUCGUGGUAUGGGUCCGUACCCGUUGGAGAUCCAUAUUACAACACCCUAGAGGGACCCUAUCAAUAUGGAGCCUCUCCACCCACAAAUAACCCCGUUUACAAUGUCCUUGAGAGGUCCAGCCAAAGUCUUACAGAGGAAGGAGAUGGUUAUUCUCAAUUGACUACCAAAGACCCUGUGUAUAACGUUUUAGAGGGUCCGGAUCCAUGUAACGAUUGUGAAGGCCCUCUGUAUUCUAACAGUAUGGAGGUUCGGUACUCUAAUAGUUGUACAAACGCCCCAAUAUACGCGGUGGCCAAUGACAAAGGAUGAAAAGCCCUAAAACAACAUUUCUGGUUAAGAAAUCCCUAUAACGGUCCAAAAUGCAAUAACAGAUUUUGUAGAGCAAGAUUAAGAGUGCUUUAAAUUAUAGGAUUUCUUGAUUAAUGGCAGAGAUUCGAGUAAGUUCAAAGUUCCUCCAUGCCUCUUAUAACAGACGGCUGCGAUUGCUUGUUUUUCUUCCAAACCCUCAACUUUAGAUCUCUUGCCACAAAAAUUGUGCCUAUUAGAAGAAACAGCGAAAGAAGUGUUUAUUGGUGUCUUUGAUGGCUCUCAAUCAAUCAAUCAAUCAAUCAAUCAAUCAAUCAAUCAAUCAAUAAACUUUAUUUACCCUCGAAUUUACAGUGUAGCACUCGGGUGCUAAUAUCUUUGAGCAAACUACAUUAAUAAAUAAUGAUAAUAAAAAGAUUAAUUCUAUAACAAAUAGGAUAACUAACUACCUAGACAACUAACUAGCAAAUUAUCUUGAUCUAGAAAGGUUUGCAGUUCCUGCCCUUUUAAGUAAAUUAUUGUACCCGGUAGAUAACAGUCGUCGAAAGGAAGUAAAAUCAGAAAUAGUGCGGUGAGGUGUCUGACUGUUAAUUUGCCUUUUUGUACUUUACGCAAAGAAUAUAUGGUAUUUUAUGAAGAGAGGUAUAUAAUUAUUCGGGAUUUCAAAAGAAACACCGUUGAAUUUCUGCGUCUAGAAACAAAGUGAGCCUUGAUGGAGUGACUUUUUCUUUCACGAACAAGGAGAAAAUUGCAGGCUUUUGAAAUAUCUUAAAAUUCUCACAAGGUAAUCAGCAAGUUUUGAAAAUGUGUGAAAAACUCGGCAAUGUAGGAAGUUAACUCCGCUAGUCUACCUUUGACACUCUG